UUCGCUUGGAGCGAGCGGCUGAGUUCUGCGUGAAGAGACAGACGGAGGUGCUGGAGCGGCAGGUGACUGUGGUGGACACUCCCGGCUGGUUCUCUGCCCAGGAUACCCCACCUUCCUACAAACAGGAGAUAGUGAGGGGAGCAUCUCUUUGCGCUCCAGGUCCACACGCCUUCCUGCUGGUCAUCCCCGUGGGCAUGUUCACAGAGGUGGACCGGGCUCGCAUCGAGGAGCACGUCUCCCUCUUUGGCGAGCGAGUGUGGAAGCAUACGAUCGUGGUUUUCAGCUGGGCAGAGGUGCUGAGGAGCAUUUCAAUCGAGAGAUACAUUCGCAGGGAGGGCAAGGAGUUGCAGUGGGUGCUGGAAAAGUGCAAGAGACGGUACUUUGUUAUCAACAACUGCAUAUUUGGGGAGCAUCCGCAGGUUGGACGCUUGCUGGAGAAAGUGGAAAAGAUGGUGGCGGAGGAGGGAGGCUACUACAACGCAGAUGAGGUGGAGCAAGAGAAGAAAGCUCAGGAUGACAACCAGAAUCAAGCCCGGGAGGGACGGGAGCUGGGGGCGCGGCCCAAACAGAACUCUGGGCUGAGUUUGUCCAAAGCAAUGGAGGUGGACCCGCUUUCAAAUUAACAGGACUCACCUGGCUGACGGACUCUCUGAACCACAUCUAAGGGAACGUCUGCCUUCCUGUACUGAUCGAUGGCAGCGCCUGUUUGUUCAACGAGGUGAAAAAAUCAAAAUGGUUAUGAGCUGACAUUUGCUGAAUGUACAAAGUGGUGUGAUUAAUUGUAUUUAUUUUUUCAAUCAGACAUGUUUCUUAGUGUUUUUAGUUGUUUGCCUUCUUCAUGAUGCUGUCCCUUCACUUUGAUGACAUAUGAGGCCUUUUUGUUUUUCAUGCUGCGUAAAACGAGACUUUUGUAAUUUAUUGUGAUUUUCUUUUCUUCGGUUUGUGAUUAUAGCAUUUUGAUGGUUGUUUUGGGGGACAGAUAGCAAAGACUGUUACAUAUGUAUGUGUUGUAUUCGGCUCCGUCUGUACACUUCUUAGUCAUGAAGGGGGGGGGGGGCUGCCAUGUUGGACACAAAUAGCAACGAUUCAACACUAAAUCAGAUGUUCUGUCGAUGACUGCAAAGGGAAUAUGUUGUUGGGAGUGAUUCCCAUGUGUUGUGACCAAACUGUUGAUCAUUCUCAUUCGCUGUAAUACUUAUCUCAACACUCUCACAGUACAAUUUUAAAGCACUUAAACAGUGACUGAUCUUUAAUUUUCCAGCGUCCUUCCUCGUCCAGCUCAUGCCGACCUCUGAGCGGUUUGUGAGCGUGACAGACUGAUGUAUUUUGUGCGGUAGCAUGUAGAGCUCCGGUGAUAAUCCAGUCACCGUUUAAAUCCUUUAGUCAAAUGAAAUCUGGCUUUCUUUCCUGUGUUGAUGCUCUGAUUGUAAAUUAAAUAUACUCCCAAGAAUC